CGACAGCAUUGAAUUGAAGCUCGAGAUAACCCAGGUUACCUAUCUUGACCCAACCACCCGAAACAUAUUCAAGUCAGGAGAGUAGAGGGUCAUUUCUUUCGCCGUCUCCCUGAUUGGCCAGCCCUGCCAUAACAUGUGGGCCUCCUAGGCCCUUCUAAAGUUUAAACCUCGGGUCGAGCAACCUACCUAGGGUCGGGUAUUUUAUCGCCAGCCUUAUCAGCUUAUCUUGGGCCCCGGGGUGUCCAUCCGAUCGCAAGCCAUCACGUAAUGUUUCUUUCCCGUUCAACAUCAACCAACAUCAAGUCGGAGCAGUGAGCUGAAGGCUUUCCGAGGUCUUGGAUAGCGGCGCGUCGCAACAGGGUUUGAGACCUCCUCCAUUACAUAGGAUUCCAACUCCACCGAUCGUCAAAACGCGCGACCCAGAACAUCUCCUACAGGCCAAGCGGACGACCAUGUCUGCAGCGCCUUGGGAAGGACACAGCUAGACACCCGACAGCAGUUCGAGGCACCGAGACACACACGGUUACCAUGGCGGCCAACUACUGGGAAUCUACUCAGCGCAAACACUGGCUGUUUACCAAAGAUGAGCUUGCCGCUAUGCGCGCAAAGCUAGAGGCUGAAGAACCCAACCUGGUGGCCUCGUUUCCUCUCCCGCAACUGCGCCAUCUGAACAUCUACUUCAACCAACAAAUCAACCGUCUCGGUAAGCGCAUGGGGCUACGACAGCAAGCCUUGGCCACCGCCCAAGUCUACAUCAAGCGCUUCUACACCAAAGUCGAGAUCCGGCGCACCAAUCCACACCACGUUCUCGUGACCGCCCUAUAUCUGGCCUGCAAGAUGGAGGAAUGUCCCCAGCAUAUUCGGCUUAUGGCCAACGAGGCCCGCGGCUUUUGGCCUACAGACUUCCAAUCCCAGACAGAAGUGGCAAGGAUAGGAGAAUGCGAGUUCUACCUUAUCUCAGAAAUGAGCUCACAUCUCAUUGUCCAUUCACCCUACCGUACCCUUACCAGCUUACAAGGGGAGCUUGGGCUGGCACAAGAGGACGUCAACCUUGCCUGGUCCGUCAUCAACGACCAUUACAUGACCGAUCUGCCGCUGCUCCACCCACCACAUGUGAUAGCCUUGACAGCCAUUCUCUUGGCUCUGGUGUUGCGUCAGGAUCCCAGCGGUCGUCUCCCUGGAACAGCCGCGUCGGCUUCGGGACUGGUAGCCGCUUCGGCAGCGUUGGCUCAGGCACAGGCGCAAGCACAGGCACGCGCUGCCAUGAUGGCGGGGGGUGGCCAGACUGUGCCAGGUCUCACCCCCCAGUCUUCUUCUGGCUUGCAGGCCAUGCUUCCACCCCAGUCACCAGCCGGAGAAGGUCCUGCCGAAGGGAACAAAAACCCACGUAUGGCAAAGGUUCACCGAUUUGCUGCAUGGCUGUCUGACAGUAAUAUUGAUAUUGAGGCCAUGGUGGACUGCACGCAGGAGUUGAUCUCCUUCUAUGAAUGCCAUGAGCAGUACAAUGACAAGAACACUCGGGAGCAGAUCAAUAGGUUUGUCAAAGCUCGCGGGCUGGACAAGUAAAGUAUUGGUUCUGAGAUCAUGGAUCGAAUAUCUCUUAUUUGAUGAAUGCCUGGUGAGUGGUUAGACAACGGCCAUGCGACCAAACGGAAAACGCUUCUUAUUAUCAGACUUGGACUAGUAUGGCCCCUAAUCCCGUGUUGUAUUUUUUUUCUUCUGUGGGGGCACUGUCAAUUAUUGGAUCAUGGGCUCUCAAGCUGAUAGGCAUACGCAUCAGUUCAAGGGCAAUAGUGACAUUUUAAUCAUAAGCAUACAAGUAAUGUCGAUCGAAGCUUUACGUUCAAACAAGCGGACGAACUAGUGUAAUGGCCCAAAGAAGGAUGUCCCUCACCAUAGAAAUGACUAAACAGACUCUUACCUCGCC